AUGACAAAUUUUAAAGUUGUUCGUAAAAUUGAAACAGAUUUCGACAUUCCAGUUACAAAAUAUAAAUCUUCUGUUACUGGUUUAACAGCCAUCAAUGUUAAAGCCGAAGUUCCACUUGUUUAUGGAUAUUUUUCAGUUGCAACUGAAGCAUUCGAUGACGAUGGCUGUCCACAUACAUUAGAACAUCUGAUAUUCCUUGGUAGUGAAUUGUAUCCAUACAAGGGUGUUCUUGACACUCUUGCAAAUAGAUCUUUUUCACAAGGAACUAACGCAUGGACAGGUACAGACAACACAUCUUACACAAUUACAACAGCUGGCAGUGAGGGUUUUUUAAAUAUGUUACCAAUUUACGUUGAUCAUGUUUUAUAUCCUACUUUAACCGAUUCUGGUUAUUACACUGAAGUUCAUCAUAUUAACGAAAAUGGAGAAGAUGCGGGAGUCGUUUACAGUGAGAUGCAGGGAUCUCAAAAUAGCGGCGAGUCUCUUACUCAACGAAGAUUUCAGAGAUUAAUGUAUCCUGAAGGAUGUGGAUAUCGUUAUGAAACUGGUGGAUUGAUGGAAUGCCUUAGAAAGCUUGGGUAUCAUCGUGACUAUUAUAGACCUGAUAAUCUAUGUCUUUUAUUAAUUGGUAAUGUUGAAGAAGAUAAGCUGUUGAAAACACUUGAUAUUGCCGAUGGCAGAAUAGCCAAGAAGGGUCCAUUACCACCACACAAAAGACCAUUUGUUGACUCACCAAAACCUCCACCGCUUAAAAAAAACAUAAAAGAGAUUCUAGAAUUUCCUGAAGAUGAUGAAUCAAUGGGUCAUGUUUCUAUUCUUUGGCAAGACAUAGGUACCAUGAUUAGUGAUCAAAUAACCACGACCAUCCAGGCCAUGUUUUCUAAUGUUCCAACUAAAGAAUUAGAAACAGUAUCAACUAAAAUAUUUGAAUUGUAUAAUAGAGUUGUACAUAAGGAUGGAAUUGAUAUGGAAAGGAUGAACACACUCAUAAAAAGAAUCAAGUUACAAACAAAUCCUAACCAUUUUUUUCAAACGUAUUCUAUACCAGAUUUUAUUUAUGGUAAAGAAAAUGGAGAAGACCUUGAAAAAAAAAUAAAGAAUCUUGAAAUUUAUGACCAAUUAUUGAAAUUUGAUCAAAAAAAUUGGAUAGAACUAUUGAAAAAAUAUUAUUUAGAUAAUCCAAGUAUAAUUUUACUUGGUAAACCAUCAGCAAAAUUCGCAGAAAAAUUGUCCGAGGAUGAAGAAGAACGUGUGGAGAAACAGCGCAAAGAUUUAGGGCCUGAAAAUUUAAAAAAACUAAAAGAAAAAUUGGAAGAAGCUAAAAGGAAAAAUGAUGUGCCAGUGCCAAAGGAAGUUAUGGAGAAAAUUCCAACUCCAAACGUCGAUAAUAUUUCAUUUAUAAAAGUCUUAACUGGAAGGAAUAAACCUUAUGGAAAAUUUAAUAAUACAGUUCAAUCUCACUUGGACAAAGAUAAUAGUGUAGAUUUACCAUACUUUACGCAAUUUGAUCUUUAUUUUUCAACAUCGACAAUUCCAAGUCAUCUACGCCCAUACAUUGAAAUCUACCUUGAGUCUAUAUUCGGCUUGCCACUCAACAACCCUAUAACGGGUGUUCGUCUUGAUCAUGAACAAGUUAUAACUGAAUUGAAUAAAGAUACUAUCGCUAAAUACCAAAAAGGAAUUCAGUGGUUACGUGAUAUACUCUGGUAUACAGAAUUUUCCGCAGAAAGAUUAAAGAUCACAGCUGCAAAAAUUACCAACAAUAUACCAGAGUCAAAACACGUUUUAUUCCAAGAAAAUUUUCUACCAAAAGUUAUUAGUGAAUUAUCAAAAAACCCUGAUAAAGUUAUUAAAGACUUUUACGAAUUUAGAAAAAUAUUAACAUCACCUGAAAACAUGAGGAUUCAUGUGAUUGGAAAUAUUUUAAAAUUGGAUAAGCCAAUAAGUUCUUGGGUUAAAAACUUCAAGAUUGUAGAAUUUAACAAACAAUUAGGUUCAAUACCUUUAUCUAAAACGGUUUUGACUGAAUGUGGAAAAAACCCAGGAAAUAAGGGUUAUAUCGUUAAACUUCCUACCAUUGAAGGAUCUUAUUCUUAUCAUGUAACAAAAGGACCUGAUACUUUUGAUUCACCUGAUUACCCACCAUUGUUGGUAUUAUGUGAGAUUUUACAGACUAUGGAGGGAAUAUUUUGGAAGUUGAUACGUGGUCAAGGUUUAGCCUAUGGCACUCGCUUGAAAAUUGAUCCUGAAUCAGCAUUUAAUGAGGCUAGAAAAGUCAUUAUUAAAUUGGCCGAAAAAAAGAUGGAAUACGACGUUAUAGGGUUUGAAGGUGCAAAAAGUAGUUUAAUUUAUUCUUUAGUUAGGAGUGAGUCGUCAUUGGUUGAAGCAGCUAGAAGCUCCUUUAUUAAUCAAUCAUUUAAAAAUAUGAGCGCUGAUUAUAAUAAAGAAUUAAUUAAAAAAAUUCAGGCUGUAAAAAUUGAAGAAUUGAAUGGUUUAAUGAAAAAAUAUUUGUUAAACUUAUUCAAACCUGAGACUUCUAUUGUUAUUGUAGUUAGUACAUCUAAUAAGGAUAUCAAGAAUGGAUUUGGUGAAAGCGGAUUUAAUUUGGAGGAAAAAACUCUGGAUAAAAUAAUUUAA